AUGCCGGAUCCGCAGUUGCCAACGAGAACAUUUGACAACCAGACAGGUCGGGCGAGCAAAUUUCUUGAAAAGGUCUCCCUGCUUCGCGGUCGUAUUCGCUUUCACGCUCGCAAAUCAAGACAUUCCACAGAUACCGCCGGAGGCACAAGUCCGUACCUUCGCCAGACGCGCUCGAUGGAUGCUGGUAUGCACAUUGUCGCCAAGCCAUACAUGUCACAGCCGCUUCUGGGUCUCCAUAACAUGGAUAUGAAUGAUAAUGAAGAAAACGAAGGUUCUGACCGGUCAGGAUCUCCACGAAGCUCGACCUCGAGAGCGCAUGCCGUGCGUCGAGACUUUCCUGCUCCCCGCCGCAAUAUCGACGGCUUGCCAACUGACCAAUCCGUGACAUCAUUCAUACUUCCCGUUCCUGUCCCACCCUCCGCUCCGACACACGCUACUCAGAGACCACAUACAUCGGGUGGCUUGCAGUCAUCGGGCAUCCCUGGCAAAAUGCUCGCGAAGAAUCCAUCACACAUAAAGGCGUCGUCGCCCUCCUUGCGUCUCGACAACCUGCCUUCUCCGUCUCAUCGAUUCGGCGCAAACGGAAUAUCGGAUGCCCGCCUCUCUCCGACUAUUAUUUCUCGCCAACCCCCACUACCCAUUCUCAACCUACCGAAACUCGUCGUCUCGAGCCCAGACUCGCCUGUGCAAGCGCACACGGCGGGCAGAAAUGGGCAAUUGCGCAGUAUGCCUGCCUUACCUCUUCGUGGGCGGGACGAACCCAGAGACGGCGACGAUGGCUCAGAAUCAGACGACGAUGACGAAGAGUUCCAUGAUGCCCAAAAUGAUGACCCCGAUGACGGUGCGGAUACCCUGAUGCGAAGACCUCGAGGAUCUAUGGACAGUGUUGCCAGUAUAAUAAGUGGCGCACACGCCUCUGAACAAUUUGCGUCCAGCCUACGGCAUGGCCCCCAUUUACUCCCGGAAGUAGAUGUGUCAAGAAUAGACCUAUCGUUCAUUGGCGACGACGCCGCGUCACGCCCGGGGAAGGGCAAGGGUAAAGCACGUGAACCCGAGUCAGAUCCCACUCAGACGCCUACCUUCGACGACUAUUUCUCAGCAAAGGCACUAAACUCGCAACCGCGGACGCCUCAUGCAGGACCCUUCGAACUCAACCUCGAUUCGACGCCUCAAAAUAGACGACCUGGUAUAUCUAAACACGCCUCCAGGAGCAUGAUAGACUUGGUAAGUAUAGCAAACAGAAAUAAACCUAUACGAGAAGCGACGGACGAAGCAGCAGAAGAUUCAGAGUUGAUUGUUGCCGAAGAACCACUGCAGCUUGCUUCUGUCAAAGGAAAAGGCAAAGAAAGGGAUAGUGCACGGAGCGGCGUAAAUCAUGGUGCUCUUGUCCACGAACGGCAUAAUCCUUCUGGGAGUCGAGACACCCUCACCCCACCACGCCCACUGCAGCGUCGACGCUCCAUGCCUACAUUCACCGCUUCUACUGAACCACCACCUUAUCCUGCAUUUCCCCCGCACCCCCACCAUCGCCUGCUCGCGCACCCGCGCGACGACAUCGUCGAAGGCUCAGAGACGCUUCCUCGGUACAGCAACGAUAUCUAUCUCAAGUCUGUCAUGCCAAGAAAGAUGGAGUUCAGCAAGCCCGGAAUUAUGGCACGGGACCGUAAAUGGCGUCGAGUCGUCUGCGAGCUCGAAGGGACCGUGUUCCGUGUGUAUGAAUGUCCACCAGAGCUGGCGGGUGUCAGUGUCAUUGGAGGCUGGUGGGAGAAGAAGGUUGGGGUCGGUGAUGUAACAGAGAGCGCAGCCAGUAAGGGUGCUUCGGCAAGCAACGGACGGUCAAAAGAGCAGAAGAUUGGUGACAGAGAGUUGUUGAUGGUCGCAAAGGUUGAGGAUGAGGCUGCCAGUGGGCGGGUUCAAACACACGUACAAGUCGCACUGCCACCUGAUACGACCAUCCAGCUACACCCGUCGGAACCAAGCCCGCCACCUAAUCAACCUCGAAGCAUAACGACUUCAGCAAGUAGCAGGUCCCGCUUAGGUGUUGUCGGUCAGCUUCUGAAACCACAGUCGCGAUCCCAUUCUCGAUCGCAGAGCGACGUACCCAGUUCAGGAGUGCCGAGAAGCUCUUCGAACACGCCUCGAUCAUCGUUGUCGAUUGCUCGUCCCAGUACGAGUUCAUCCUCUGUGUCUGGGCCAUCUAGCUUCUUGGGCGAUGGCCUUAGUAGUGCGACGUCGAGCACUGCACCAACAUCUUCAUCUAGUUCGCGCUCACAUUUCCGCAGCGGAUCUUCUCCUACUACCAUAAACUCUUCUAAAAGCCAGACGCUUAUAACCCAAGGCAACCCACAUGAACGACGCACGUCGGACCUGGAUUUAAUCAAAGCAUAUACACUACAGCAUGCUGAGAGCGGGUUGGGGAAUGACUAUGUGAAGAGGAAAAAUGUCAUUCGGGUAAGGCUGGAGGGCGAACAGUUCCUUCUGCAAGCCAAAGAUAUGACAGAUGUUGUGGCUUGGAUAGAGGGAUUCCAAGCUGCGAGUAACAUAGCGUUAGAUCUAGACGAAAGAAUCAUGCCCAGAGGUCCAUUGUUCCCGAGGCGAAGGCGAAGGCGAGCCGCUCGUCGUGAAGCCACCCAGCCACAGGGCACAGGCGUCGUAGAUACUCCUUCGUAG